ACGAAACUGCAGGAGCGGAAGGGCGAGGAGGUCCAAUAUCACUACAAUAGCCUUAAUAAUAAUAGGCUUUUCCAAACCAAUUUUAACUUAAGAAUUUAAUAUUAGUGCACACUUCGAAUCUAACCAAAUCCAUAUUCAUAGAUGCAAGGGUAAUUUCAAACUGAUAUAACACUAUGUAUAAGUUUUGUGCAGCACUGUUACAAAUACCGUAUAAGUUUCAAGUAGUUCAUGCUCACAUCAACUAAUUAUAAAUAUAGCAUUCUGUUUAUGAAUAAUAGCCACUUUCCAGGAACAUUUUGAAUGCCCCUCAUAUAUCUGUAGAUAUGAUAUUCCUACUGAUAAGAUAUUUUUAUUAUUUAUCAUUGUAGGUGCAAUUCAAGGUAGCAUAAUUUCUAGUCCUGAUGUGUUUACUCCACCUGCUCAACAGUUUUGGAUGACAAUGGAAAUGGCUUGUCAUUUUAUGAAGUAUGCAUAUGGUAGUUAUGGUUGGCCAUUAUAUGUAUAUGUCAAUUGUUGUACAGGUUUAUUUCAUCUAUGGAAACAAAUCAGGUGUAUGUCAUGUUGCCGAAAGAAACCAACUUAUAUUAUAGAUGAUAAUUGUUGUGAAUGCAAUACAGCAGCUUUAAAAAGAGUAACAGGUUUAACUGAAGAAAAUUUGGUAUAUGUGUCAUUUCAGAAUAAAGUAUACGAAGUUCCAUUUUAUGUAGCCAUUGACCAUCAGACCUGUUCCAUAGUUGUUUCAAUUCGUGGCACGCUUUCUCUCUCUGACGUACUGACUGAUCUGACUGCAGAGUGUGAAGUCUUAUCUGAUAAUGAUAGAUCUAAUGGGAUAUUCUGUCACAGGGGAAUGUUGUUAGCAGCAAAUUAUGUAAAAGACAAACUUGAAGAAACUAAUUUGUUAAAUGAAGUGCUUUCUGUUAAUCAGAGUUAUUCACUCGUUAUUACUGGCCAUAGUUUAGGUGCUGGAACAGCUUCAGUUUUAGCAUUGUUACUUCGAUCUAAAUAUCCAACGUUAAAGUGUUUUGCAUAUUCUCCUCCUGGUGGCUUAUUAAAUGCUGAUGGAGUAAAGCAUUCUGAAGAUUUUAUUUUUUCAGUAGUUGUUGGUGAUGACUUGGUGUCAAGAUUGAGUGUACCAACAAUGGAAGACAUGAAAAGAAAUAUUUUGAGUUGUUUAACUGAAUGCGAUCAACCAAAGUAUAAAGUGUUGCUGGGAGUAUUUUGUAAUAAAACUUCGAAUUCCGAGUCGGAAACUGCGCAAAGGCAAGUUUCGAGACCUCUUCUUCCGGAACAUAUUAGUACGGGAUCGUACGAAUCCACGGGAAUUCAGGAAAGAAGUUUUCUAAUGAAAAACACUGCGUCGUGUUCGAGUAAAUUAUCCUCCACGCCAUUAUUUUUACCCGGAAGAAUAUUGCACCUGACCGAAGUGAACGGGAGUUACAGAGCAAAGUGGGUAUCGGCAGAGUUUUUCAAUCAGAUCAUCAUCAGCCCCAACAUGAUCCACGACCACAUGCCCAACGUCGUCUACAAAUCACUCUUGCAGUUGACGCGCAAUAGCAACCAGUUCUUGCCCUGAUUCCAUUUAAAAGUGUGAUAAAAAGGCACUAGACGAACACCAUUCUACUUAGGAGAACAUCUUAAAAACCAUGUUUAGUUACUUGUCAGAAAACAAAAUUUACGCUCUUAUCUGGUUACCAGCACCUUUGGAAAUCGUGACUUUUGGUUCUUAUCUCGAAGCAUACGUCUUUUGUUUGGACGAAAUUAUCCUAAUUUAUAGAAGUCUCUUUUGUCGUCAUUAUUAAUUCCUCUAGAAUCCGAUCAAAAACACGAGAUUGAAAAUCUUUACGUGAAACGAAUUGAGAGUCUUUCAAUUAGGUGCCUCCGUACGUUUCUAAAAAUUUCCUUUCGAAUUUCCCGUCCGGAUUUCCUCCUCUUUAUUUUAAUUAAGGAAUGUUCUGUGUGUGAGAAUAUUAGAAAUCCAAUAAACAUCAGGGUAUUUUUCUCAGGAUUAAUGUACUUCGUUUCUCCGUUUUCUUUUCAAAUGAUGACUUUUUCCUCUUAAAAGAUUUACGUGAAAAUAAUAAGUCCAAAAUAACAAGCAAUUCUUUACUCGCAUUCGAGUCUUCCAUUUCUGCUGGUAGCAAACAUUUUAAACGUCUGUCACUAUGCAAUUUGGUAGUCAUAAAAUAUUUAUUUCGCAUCGUCCUUUUAAAUUCUUUUCAUUUGCUGCGUAUUACAAAAUCUCUAGCCUUUUAUCUAGUCCAAGAGCUAAAUUUCAUUAUAAUUAUCGUUAACCUCCCCGUUUAAUUUAAUUAUACAUUGAGGUUUGAUUUUAUUUUUGAUGGCAUAAAUCUAUUCCACGUCUAUAAAUGAUACUCAGUACCUGACUCGAUAUCUACUCAAAUGAAUUCUACGCCUUAGUGUCGAAAUCAGAGCCGUCGAGAGCUAGUGUGGGCCCCUUUUGCCGCGUAGAAUGUUUCUUUAAUAAUAAGAGCGAGUCUUUGUUUUAGUUUUAUAAGGGUAGGAACUGUUACAGACCCCAAAUGUUUCUUUGGGCCCUGGGAAAACACCCCAUAUCCUCCCCUCUCUCGACGGCUCUGGUCGAAAUAACUUUACGAUUAUUUGAUUUUUGAUCUUCGCAAAAAAUAAAUAAAUCGGCGAGCGCAAAAUUCUCUAAGAAGAUUGAUUAAUUUAUAUUUUCUCGACGAUAAUUUAGUUGAUUUCCGAAAAAACAAUUGUUAAUUAAAAUUUAGGAAAUGCUCGUUAUAGACGAUGGUCGUAACGGUUUAUACUUAUUUUUACAAAACUGUAGUAACGUCUCCGUACAGAACAACCUAUUUUAGUCGAGUCAUUGAAAACCCCGUUUAAAAGGAAAUAAUAGAGAUAUUUUUAUGGAAAUGACUUUGCACUAGCUUCGACGGCGUAGGUUAUAAAACAAAAUAUAUUUAAUAUAUAAAUCUUACUUUCGGAAUGAUUUAAUUUUAUUGAUAUAAACAUAUUUUAGGAAAAGAUCUAUGUAUUGUAUAGCCUAUUUAUAGUGUAAAUAAUUGCCAUCGUUGUUUUCGAAUAGUUAAACAUUCCGAAGAUAUUUUCGACGGUCGUGUUUUACAUAGAAUGUGUGUAGACGUCGAAUUUCCCUCGUGUUAUUUUUCUCUUUAUUUUUCCCUAGACACGAAAAUUCCCUGCUUCUGUUUUCAUCACGCUACACCGCCAUUAAUAAUAAUAGAAAAUUGUCCGUUUUCUUCGCUUUGUACAAUUUUUUUCAAACAUAAAAUUUCGAAUCGCCGCUACAAAAUUUAAAAAAUCGGAUCGAACUUGGAAGUCGAUGGGUACGACUAAUUUCAACGUUUUCAUCUCGAUACUAAAAGGACGAAAAAACCUAGUUAUUUCGGAAUAGAAAUACGCGAUUACCUUCUAAUUCUCUUAGAUUUAAAGAAUUGUUUUUGUCUCGGAAAAAUUUCAAAUACGGGUUCAAAUCACGAUUCACUACUAAAAUCUACUUUUAGCAAGUAAUGGCCACACUGACCGCACCUUCACACUAUAAAGACCAGAUAGGGGAACUAAUCGGCCAUCGUCAAAAUUCCUAUUUCGGGUCACAGUUAGCUAGUCACUCGCAAAUUAAAACUAAUAGGAACGUAAAUAAAAAUUUAAAAAAUUAUUCCUAUAGACAAACCGAAAGAAAAUAUCAUGUAUAGAAAUUAAUUUUUUAAUAUUUUUAAUUUUGCUCCGCACGCGUAGACCGUAUCUUUUAUCCAAUCGUUGUGUAUAUAUUUUUUAUAUAGUGUAUAUAUGUGUUAUUAGGUAGCCAAUUAAAUCCGUUUGUUUUUAUUACCAG